AUGAUACUCUUCAUUCUACUUCAAUCCUCAAUUCUUGUUUUUCUCCUCACUGGAUGUGGUGGAAAGAAGAAAAAGGCGGCAAAGACAUCUGCUCAUAAACAGAAUCAAUCAAAAAUGGCUCCUCCACCGCCGAGUUCAGUCAAACCUCCUCCAGUGGAUACUGAAGUGAAACCUCAACCAGAAGAACCUGUGGCUCCGCCUCCAAAGGCUCCAAGUCCACCGAAACCAAUUGUUCAGGACGCCAAAAUGGCUGAAAUGGCACCUGAAAGUAUUAAGGAAGAUGAGAUGAAAGGAGGAAUCAAAUUGCCGGCGCCGCCGAAGAACAUGAAAUGCGAAAGUGAUGUCCAGAAGCCAGCCGAGAAGAAAGAGGAGAAGGAUGAGAAAGAUGAGAAACACGAUGAAAUUAUGUGA